GCAAGGUAGUGAUGGGGGGAUUUCCAAAAGUAUGAUYGAUGAUUGUUUUUUCUUUCUUCAUCAAAACCUGCUUCCUCCGAACCAUCGGCAACACGCAUCAAAAUAAACCCCGAUGCUCCUACCUACCGGCAACUAGCCCCGCAURCACCAAAAUGACAGCGACGUUGCCACUGCGUUUUCUAUCGAUCRAGGCCCUCGCGGUCCUGCUAGCUUUGGUCCACCCGGGGGACGCGUUUCGCUGCCAUCCCCGCUGCCAGCGCGCCGAUGCUGCCCAGAAAUCCAGGCAGUUGCACCGACCGGGGACGGCACMGCUGUCCGCCGGAACGAGCGGCAGCGACGACGGCAGCGACGGCGUCAAUAACAAUGACACAGACGAACCAUGGCAGCCCCCGCCCCGCCGGGAAGCGACCAUCCGCCUCGCCAAGAGCGGGAGGGAGGCCACCCUGGUGUCMCGGACGGUCCCGAUCCACCCGGGCUUUUCGGUCACGGUCUGGGAGUGGAAGAACCCCUCCGAGCUGGUGAACGCGUACUGGGAGUCGGCGGCCGCCGCGCUGGACCCCUUCGGCCUGGUCUCGUGGCCGGGAUCGGUGGUGGCGGCCCGGGAGCUCUGCCGGAACUACGAGGAGGCCGUCUACGGCCGCAGCGUCGUCGUGCUGGGGGCGGGGGUGGGGGUGGAGGCCCAGGCGGCCGCSAUGCUGGGAGCGGGGAGGGUCACCGCCACCGACGUCCACCCGACCACCCUGCAGCAGCUGGAGCUCGGGGUUGCCCGGAACGAGGAACUCUCCGGGAGCAAAGCAGAAUCGGUGGUCUCCACCGAGAUCCUGGACCUCUACAAGACCAAGGACGAGCAGCCGAUCCCGUCGCCGUGCGAUUUGSUGGUGGUGGCCGACGUCCUGUACAACGAGGAGCUKGCGACCCAGGUGUGCCGGCGGUGUGCCGAGGCCCUGGAAGCAAACCCGGAGGUCCGGAUACUGGUCACCGACUCCCAGCGGUUCGUCCCGGAGUUCAUCGACGAGCUCAACGAGGCCCUGGCGAAGGUGGCACCUUCCACGCCGCCCGUUGCGUGGAAGGUCGAAAUAUUGAAGAGCUUCGAGGGAUCGGGGGUGAUCAUCGAGGAGGAUCAAACAUACGACGUCACCGUACAGAGCCUAUGGAUUGGUUUGCAAUAACGUUCUUCCUGCACKCAUCGGCACGAGCCAAGCUUGCUUCUAAUUCCGUAGUUGCCGUUUUGGGCAUKGUCGUUCUAUGUUUUGUUGCAGUAUGACUGGUCAGCUUAUUAUUACUUGUGUCGUACUGUAAUGCUAUUGGAACAAUGUGCAUCGAUUCUUCGUUUUGGUCGGCGUUUCUCGCGUCGAUUUGCUCCUCUAUGAUUUUUUGUCCACAGAACCAGCACACUGCGGUCCAGCAGUCAAUGCCUUACAUAUUGCUGUGGCUAUUGGACCUAGGACGAUCCUUCCAGCUCUUUCAACAACUUGGUCAUUUUUUCGUCCACGACCGCCAGGUCGGCCGCCACGGGAAUGCUCGCCUCAAAGUCUCGGUAUGUUGGAAUCACCUCGAAUCCCAGAGAUUGCAGCAGUCCCAGUCCGCCCUCUACUCGAGUUAUUUUGUCCGCGACCUUGUUGCUGAGCUUGAACCUWCGGUACUUGGGUUCCCACGGGGUCUUCCUGGAGUUCUGUAGAUACUUCAGCCCGAUAGACAGCACCUCGGCCACGGACGACGGAGCGUUGCGUUCUAGGGCGUGCGCCAACGCCUGGUCCACACCGUCUCGUCGUUCCGGCCUCGGCUCCCCGGCGUACGCCGCUUUCCCAUCGAGUUUUCCUGGAGGYAUUGUUGUCACGAGUUCUUCGACGGGAAUUUUUGAUACAGUUGUGAGGGCGGUGGCAGCUGCCGUGUUUGGAUCGUGGCCAGCCAGAACCAGCUUUUCAAACUCGGCCUUGAAUCGUAUUGAAAUCUCUUGGUGGUCCCCUCCUUCCGAGCCAUCCAGCGUUCGCUUCAGAUACGGAUUCUCGUCGGGAUCGCUGUCCUUUUCGUCACCGGCACCGGUCUCCAUUUCACGGGCAGACAUUUCGAUCAUGGACAGURGUUCUUUCGUGGAAGCGGGCGAACGACCGAGCCACGAUUGAAACAUGGCUUCGAUUCGAAGGUCUCCACCCCGGCAGGCGGUUACCACCUCCUGUCGGCUGUCGCUGGCCGACACGACAACUUCUCCGGAUAUGGCAUCCAGCACUACAAGCGAAGGAAUACCCCUAACCCCGUAUGUUACGUUCAGCGACUGCUUUACGAAUUCUAGCUGAUCAAAGGGGAUAGCUUUCCACGGCAUCGUCCGAUAAUAUUGAUUGAAACUCUGCUGGUCUCGAUCUCCACUCACAAAGACGACCUCCAAUCCGUGCGUUUCGAAUGUUUCGGAAAGAUGGUCAUACAGUUCGGCCAGCAUGGGUGUGAAUCCUCGGCAAGGCCCACACCUAUCGCAUCGUG